AUGCUCUUCUCGGUCGGCUCCUAUGUCUAUGGGCGAUCACUUUCUCCAAGAGUCCAACAAGUGCCAUUUGGGCUAUAUUUACGGAAGGGACAGCUUCACGAGGCAGUUCAGCAUCGGGCAGAGGCUCGUACUCUUGUCAUUGUCGAGAAGCUCACUACAAUCCCCGCGCCCAGGGCAAUUGAUGUCUUGACUACCCCUCAUGCUUCGUAUUUACUCAUGACCAAGGUCCCUGGCAAUCCAAUCGGCCAGCUUCUGGAUACUAUGACGGAGAAAGAAGUUGACCGCGCUGUGACUGACCUCAGACGGUAUAUCGCCGAGCUGCGAGCGAUCCCAAAUCAGGUCAGGGAGUUCCAAAUCUGCAACCCCGAAGGCGGCGGGAUCCUGGACUGGCGCAUCCCUGACAGCCAGUCAGGCGAAUUACGCUUCCGAACAGAGACUGAAUUUCACAAUUAUCUCACUGGAAUGAUGGCGGAUGACACGCGAAGGAGAGCGGCCAAGUCCCAUGCUAUCCCACACGCGAUUGUUUUUACGCAUGGAGAUCUAAAUCCUAGGAAUAUUCUCGCGGAAAAUGGGAGGAUCACAGGUAUUGUGGAUUGGGAGAACGCGGGAUUUUUCCCGGAGUAUUGGGAAUAUACCAAAAUGCAUUACACGGUUCGUGGCUUGAUCCGUUGGCUGGCUGAUGUGGUUGAUCAAGUGUUUGAGGGGUACCGGGACGAGCUACAUGUGGAAAAUAUGCUGUCUGAUUUAACAGGUCCUUUUUAA